UUUUUCAGUCUCUCCUGCUCUUCCUAUCACAAGAUCGCGCUUUGUCCGUUCGGAGAUGUCGAACCCAUCCAAUGAUAUAAGGAAUCGAUAACAAACGCCCGCGUGAAAUGCAACUCGCCGUCAAAGAGAGCAAAAACGGAAAACUAUUUAUUGCUCGGGGACCGUCACUAUAAGGAGUCAUGUGGGCGCAGCUACGGAUACGUUUGUUUGCGUGAAUAUUUACGACGUUUUACGCGUGUAGUUUCCACCUGGAUGAAUUCGUUUUUAUUGUAGCCUAACAACAGGCCUGCGUUUGCUCAAUUAACACCAUUCAUCAAGAGACCGCCCGAUCUCAAUACGGUUGUCAAAGUAACUUCGUCUUUGCGGGCAAUGAGUUCUUACUUCGUCAAUUCCCUCUUCACUAAAUUCAAAGGAGGCGACUCUCUGCGCUCCAACUACUAUGACUGCUCAGGGUACGCGCCGGAUCUUGGAGGCAGACCGUCCGUGCUGUACGGUCACAACUCCGGGUCUGCGUUUCAGCACGCGGCUCAGUUCCCGGACUUCUACCACCCCGGUACAUCCUCCUUCUCCCACGCGUCUUACCAGCAGAACCCGUGCGCGGUAGCUUACCCCGGAGACGCCCCGGGUAACAUCUUGGGCCAGGACAGUUUACAGAGACAAUCGUUCUUAAGCGCACCGGACGCGGAUUUUACGCAGUUUGGGGAUUGUAAUCUAAAAGUCAGCGGUAUCAGGGAUGAUGUGGAAAGCGCGGAACCCUGCACGGCACAGCUCUUCCCGUGGAUGAGACCACAAGCCACCGGCCGGAGAAGGGGCAGGCAGACCUACAGCCGCUACCAGACGCUGGAGCUGGAGAAGGAGUUCCUCUUCAACCCUUACCUGACCCGCAAGCGGCGCAUAGAGGUGUCUCACGCGCUGGCCCUCACCGAGAGGCAGGUGAAGAUCUGGUUUCAGAACAGGCGCAUGAAGUGGAAAAAGGAACACAACAAAGACAAGUUCCCCAGCAGCAAGGCGGAGCAGGAGCAGAUCGAGAGGGAGAGGGAAGAGGGGAGCCAGGUGUCGGAAAAACACACAUCAGGAGAAGAGGACUCGGAGACCUCCAGCAAUUCUAAAUAGUCUGCCGAUUGUUAAAAGUGACACGAUUAACUCGAGAAAAUAAAGCGUCGUGUAUUCCAUUCAGUGCAAACUUCUGUUUCUAAACCGUGAUUAUUUCCGCUUAUUAUGUUUCGCUGAGUCAGUCUCGGAUGUGUGAGGUCUUUCCGGAGGAGAUUCCUCUUGAGGUUACUGCCGCUUACGAGGCGAAGGCUGCAUCGUCUGCAUGGCGCGAACUUCCUCUCCAGAUCAGCGGGAGCCACAAUCCUCUUCAGUGAAUGCUAUAUAGCCUCUGCAUAAGAUGGGACGAGGAAUCAGCAUCAGCCAGUGCGUUGCUGUAUCUCUCGCUGUAAGAAAAUGCACUUCUGUGAUCGUUAAUUACUGUUCAGAAAUGAUGAUUCAGGUUUACAGAUCUUCAACCGAACUACCUAAAUAUAUGGGUCAUUGCGUCAAUCAUUUCGUCAGUGUAUCCAUGCGUUCUGCUUUCCCGGGAGGGACGGUUCAAACGCACAAUGUUAUUCUUUAAAAAAAAAAUUGCUGUGUAAAUAUUUGAUAUUGCAGUUCCGUGAAGCACUGUUCUGUUGUAUUUUCUAUUGUCUUUAACUGGAAGUGGUUCCUUAAAGAA